AUGGCUUCACAAAAGAAAAAACAAGUCAACCCUUUUGCAGAUAUAUUCAAUGAAGACGAAACUGAAAAAGCCUUUCUAUUGUCCAAACCAACCUGCUUAAUUAUCCUUGGAAAGCCAGGUGCUGGGAAGAAAACAUUAGCAAGAAAAAUAGCACAAAUAUGGAAAUGCACAUUCAUAGAAGCUUUGGAAGUAAUAGAAGAAAAUAUUUCUACAGGAACAGAAUAUGGACUUAAGUGUCAAGAAUUGCUUUAUAGAGGUCAAAGUAUCCCUGAAGAACUGGUUACAAGGAUGAUUCUGAAAAAGAUUGAGACACCAGAAGCUGCUCAUUUUGGUUACAUUCUAAGUGGAUUUCCUUCUCUCUCAGAAGAAUACAUGACUGUUUCGGAGCAAAUAGAGAAAAUUAAAACUUUAAAAUUAAAACCAGAUUUCUUGAUUAACAUUAAGUGUCCUGACUAUGAUUUGUGCCAAAGAAUCUCUGGGCAAAGACAACAUCCUGAUUCAGGGGAGAUAUACCGACGGAACCAGUGGGAUCCUGACAUUAUUGAAAAACGUAAGAAAAAGAAGGAGCAGAGGAAACAUGAAGAGGAGGAAGAGAAUGAUGAAGAAGAGCAAGAAGAUGAAGAGGAGGCAACAGCAGAUGCAUUUAUGUUAUCAGAUAUUUUGCCACAUUUGGUGCAGAGGCCUGAAGAUUUUUUUGAAAAUGCAGAAGAAAGGGUUAAACUCUAUAAGGACACAAUGCUACAUGCUCUAGAGGACUUGAUGGCUGAGCAGGAUUCUCAGUAUCUUAUUGAACUGGAUGGAAAUAAGCACCCAGAUGAGCUCAUUGCAUCGGUAUUAGCCCGGCUUCAAUCCAUGGGCCUUCGAAAUGGAGCACUGAUAACCAGACUUCAAAGCCCAGAGGAAGAAUUGCCAGAGACAAUGGAAAAUGAUGAACUUUUCCGGGCUCUUUCAUCCUACAAACUAAUAGCACCUCAAUACCGCUGGCGCAGAAGCCAAUGGGGACGAGUAUGCCCUGUGGCUUUAAAAGAGGGUAACAUUGAAAUGGGGCUUCCUGACUUGGCUGUCAGCUUUCUAGGUAAAAUGUAUGUACUGUCAUCUCAAGAUGCCUUGAGAGCAUUUAUGUUGAAUCCACGGCCCUAUCUACUACCACCUAUGCCACUUCCUCCUUGUAAAGUACUAGUACUUGGACCUCCAUUGUCAGGGAAAACAACUCUUUGUAACUUGAUUGCAAACAAAUAUAAAGGUCAGGUUCUUGAUAUAGCCAAACUUAUCCAACCAAGUAUGGAGAAAACAAGGGAAAAAAUCAUUGAACAAGCACGUUCUGAAGCAAUAGUAGCAGCAAUAACAGCAGUGAAAAAUAAGCUGGAAUACGAAAAAAUGUUAAAAGAGCAAGCUGCAGUGGAUGCCCAAGAAGCUAGUAGUGACAAAGAAAUGGAGGAGAUUGCAGAAGCCCCUAAAACUGGGGAAGAAGGAAGCAUGGAAAAAGAGGCUGGAACUACAAAAUCUGACAUCAACAAAGAAGAGUCAAUAGAAGAGUCAUCCACAGAAACAUCAGAGCUAGAGGUAACUGCAGCUCACCCAGAAGUCCAAGUUAUGGUACAGGAAGCUCUAAAUAUUGCAAUGCAGUCUCCAAUAACACUAUCUACUGACGUAUAUGCUGCAGUAUUACAGGAGACCAUAACAGAGCUCACUAAGACGAAUAAAGACAGGUAUCCUGGUGCUCCUGAAAAAGGAGGAUGGGUAGUGGAUAACUAUCCUAUAACCUCAGCACAUUGGUCAGUCUUAUCAGAAAAGGGAAUCUUACCUGACGUUGUGAUCUGUCUGAAGAAUUCUGAAAAUAAUGGAAUAUGUUUACUGCAUAGACUCUAUUUAGCAAAUAAGGAUGAAAUUAAUUCUAAGAUAUUUAACAGACUAAAAGAGGAAGCAUUAAAAAAGAAACAACAGGAAGAUGAAGCAAGAAAAGAACUGCAAGAGAUGCUGAAAUUGCAAGAAGAACAGCAAGCUAUGGAGUCUGUUGGAGAAAAGUAUGGAGAUAUUGAGGAACAGGAGGAGCAGCUCCUGCAUGAAACAGAACAAAUAAGUGAGGUACAACUGACUGCUUCUGAGGAAUUCCUAGAACCUAAACCUAAAGAAUCAGAAAACCAACUUCCACUUGAAGCAGAAGACGUAUCUCAGCUGGAGCCUGAUCAGUCCAAAGGGAUUAUAGAAUCUGAACCUGAACCUGAACUAGAAAUUGUGAUACCUGAGUUUUCAGAAGAUGCUUUCCCAGACAUGCCAGAAAUUGAAACACUUCAAGAAAAAAUUAAUGUUUACAUGCGUAACUGGCAAAAGCUAGAGGCAGAAAUCAGUGAGUCAUCUUUAGUUCAGACUGUCGUCUUAGAAAUUGCCAGGCACACUCCAGAAAGUCUGCUUAAUGAAGCUGUCCUGGUCAUGGAACAGUAUUUUAAAUAUCAUGCCUGGGAAAUGUCUGCAGAAGAUCUAGAUGAAGAAACAGAGGACAUACAGGCAGGAGAGGCUGUAGAAGAAGAGGAGGAGGAGGAAGAAGAAAAUGAGGAUGAAGAUGAUGAAGAAAAAGUGAAAGAAAAGAAAAGGCACAUGGGAGACACUAAACAUUUUUGUCCAGUGACCCUGAAAGACAACUUUGUCCUUUACCCAGGGCUCUCUGAACAUGCAGCUAAAUAUCGAGAGAAGACUUAUUAUUUUGCAAGUUCUGAGUGCAAAGAAAAAUUUUUGGAGAACCCUGAGGAGUAUGUGGCUCGAAAUAAACCAUUACAAGCUCCUCCCAUAAGACUGUGCAUUCUGGGCGCACAUGGAGCAGGUAAAACUAUUUGUGGCCGAUGGCUAGCAGAUAAAUUAGGUAUUUUCCAUAUUCAGUUUGAAGAAUAUCUACAGGAAAUGAUUAUGCAAAAAACAGAAAAGAGAGUUGGACCAGAAUUUGAUGAAGAGCCUGAGGAAGAUGAAAUAGCAGCUUUUUCUCAGGAAUUAACAGAUUCCUCUCAGACCACUAUUGAAACUGAAAAUGCACCUGAAAACAAAAAGUAUGGCAAAAGCAAACAGAUUUAUGAAGUGGAAUUAUCUGAUGAGGAAGAAGCAAUCAAAGCAAACCUAGUAGAUAAUGAAGCAUUGCCACUAGAAGUACUUGAUAAUAUUGUUUCUGACUGGUGGACAAAGGAGCCAUUCCGAUCCACAGGAUUUAUACUGGAUGGUUUCCCUCGUACCAUAGAUGAAGCCCAGUUUUUAUCAGAUCGAGGACUUUGUCCUGAUGUUGCAGCUAUUAUACAGGUGGAAGAAAGUGAUAUUAUUCAUCGUCUUCUUCCUCCCCGUUUGACAAAAUGGAAAGAUAAGCAAAAUAAAAAAAUGGAGUUUAAGAAGAAAACCAAAGAACGAAAGGCAAAAAUAAGGGAUAAAAAGAUUGCUAAAAGAAGGGCAGAACUUCUAGCAGAGCAAGCAAAAAAGAAAGAGGAGGAUCUAACAGAUAAGGAUGAUGAAGAGGCCAGUGAUGAUGAGAAUGAGGAGAAAGAUAUUGAAACUAUUCUUGAGGAAGAGUUCCCAAAAGAAGAAGGGGAAGAAGAGGAAGAAGAAGAGCAGGAAUAUGAUGCUGUUGAACGUAUGAAAAAUGAAAUUGCAGAGAAGUAUGAAGCAGAUAGUAACAAUUUACAAGGCGUGCAGGAAGAACUUGAAAGAUUGUUAAUACCCCAAAUCACCAUCAGUGGAGGACGAAAGCCUCACAUCAUACGUUACCAAAUUUAUAACAAGGUGAAGCAUCUAGUGGAACAUCGUGAAAGCAUUUUUGAGAAAUGUUACCCAAUCAGUCUACCACUUGCACGCAAGAUGCUGGUUCUUUCCUAUAAACAUCCAAGUUGUUUUGGUCAGUGGGACCCAGUCAAGCUAAGUGAAGGAGAUGUAAUCAAGCCUUUCCAAAACCAAGAAACUCCAAUCUUCCCAGUCAUCCAUCGGCAAUAUAUUUAUUUCUUUACAAGUAGAGAAAAUAAAGAAAAAUUUAUGAAAAAUCCCAUCAAAUAUAUCUGUCAGCCAAAACCUAAACCAUCUGUGCCAGUUAAGAUUGCAAUUGUAGGCCCUCCAAAAUCUGGAAAGACCACAGUUGCCAAGAAAUUUGCAAGUAUCUAUGGGUUAAUGAGACUAUCUAUAGGAGAUGCUAUACGUCUAGUGUUAACCAAUCAGCCAGAAAGCGAGUUGGCACUUAUGUUAAAAUGGCAUCUCCAUAAAGGACUGACUGCACCUGAUGAACUGGCUGUCCAUGCUCUAGAAGUGGCUCUGAUGGAUCAUGUGUGUACAACUGCUGGAGUUGUUAUUGAUGGGUAUCCUGUAACAAGAAAGCAAGUGAACCUAUUGGAAUCAAUGAGAAUAAUCCCAGUGAAAAUCUUUGAGCUACAAAUGGAUGCAAAGGAGGUGUUUAGAAGAGCAUUACAGGAUAAGGAAAGAACUCCUGGACUUCCAUAUCCUGCCCAUGACAGUGCACAGAUUCUAGCUAUUCGGAAUUCUUGCUACAGACAGCAAAUAGAUGCGGUUAAGACUUAUUAUGAUAAGGAACAUCAGAACUGGUGUGUGGCUGAUGCAUCACAAAGUAAAUGGUGGAUCUGGAACAAAAUAGUCAAGGAAGUUCAAAUUAUUAUUAGGCAGAUCCAGAUAUAUCUGGAAAGAAUAAGAGAAGGAAAAGCAGCCAAUAUUGCUGAUUUAUGUAUUACAACACAAGAGCUGCAGUCUCGGCUGGGAGAGUUUGGGCAGUACUGUCCUGUUAGCCUUGCAGAAAAGGGUGAACUGGUUGACUGCUCUGUAACCUCCUCAUUACAGUUUGCUGCAGAAUUUCGAGGACAUUACUACAAAAUGGCUUCCCAGGAGGAACUGGACAAAUUCUUGAAUACACCAGAGUUGUAUGUGCCACCAUUAGCACCUAAUCCUCUUCCCCCACCAAAUAUGCUCCCAAAGAAACUGACUAUGGCAGAUGUAAAAGCCUUAUUCCCUAAGAGUGCAGAAAUGCAAGGAUACUGUCCAGUCACUUACUUAGAUGGAAAACAGAGAUAUGAAGCCUUGGUACCUGGCAAUACUGGGUAUGCUGUGGCAUAUCGAGAUAAACUGUAUAUUUUUGAAAGUGAAGAAAAACUUCAGAAGUUUAUGAGGCUACCAGAAAAAUACUGGAAUCUGAAGCUUCCACACAAACUCCCUCCCAUAAAGGAGCCGGUUCUACUUACUGCUCUUCCCUUGACUGGAUACCUUGAACAGGGGGUAACAACUGCUCUGAUAAAAGCUCUGAAUGAAGUAGGCUGCUUCAAGCCAAAGUUUCCAUUCCUAAGUGUAAAAAAAACUGCUCUGCUGUUUGUGGCUUACCAUUUAAAAGCCUAUAACCCCAGCAGCUCUGAAUACAUCCGAAAGAAGUACAAGACCAAACUAGAGCAGUUCAUGGAUUACUGCAAACUCCUCCCCUAUUUGGGAACCAAAAUGACUCGCAAAUACAAAGAGCCUCAGCACAGACCCUUUGGUUUCGAUUACAAAUUGGAGACUUUCCUCGCUCUUAAAACAGCGGACCCUGCUUGUAUUUAGUUUGCCUGGGACAAACCUGAAAUAGCCCCGCGCUCUUGCUGAACCCAGAAGGGGGUGUGUGUUGUGUGUGAACACUGUGAGAGACCUACUUCAACU